GCCGCCGGACGGGGCGGACGUCGGGGCGGUGACUCCCGGAGCGGCGGGGGGUGGGGAGGAGGCGCUAUGGCCGACGUGUUCCCGGGCUCCGAGCCCGGCGCCGACCCGGAGGCGGCGCGGCGCUUCGCUCGCAAGGGCGCCCUGAGGCAGAAGAACGUGCACGAGGUGAAGGAGCACAAAUUCAUCGCGCGCUUCUUCAAGCAGCCCACCUUCUGCAGCCACUGCACCGACUUCAUCUGGGGAUUUGGGAAGCAAGGAUUCCAGUGCCAAGUUUGCUGUUUUGUGGUUCACAAGAGGUGCCAUGAGUUCGUUACCUUCUCCUGUCCUGGGGCUGACAAGGGGCCUGACACUGAUGAUCCCAGAAGCAAGCACAAGUUCAAGAUCCACACCUAUGGGAGCCCCACCUUCUGUGACCACUGUGGCUCUCUGCUCUACGGGCUCCUGCACCAGGGGAUGAAAUGUGACACCUGUGACAUGAACGUUCACAAGCAAUGUGUGAUAAAUGUCCCAAGCCUCUGUGGCAUGGACCACACAGAGAAGAGAGGAAGGAUUUAUCUGAAGGCUGAAGUCACUGGUGACAAACUGGAAGUUACAGUGAGAGAAGCAAAAAACCUCAUUCCCAUGGAUCCAAAUGGACUUUCAGAUCCUUAUGUCAAACUGAAGCUCAUCCCAGAUCCUAAGAAUGAAAGUAAACAAAAAACAAAAACCAUCCGUUCUACCCUGAAUCCCGACUGGAAUGAGUCAUUCACGUUUAAAUUAAAACCUACAGACAAAGAUCGCCGGUUAUCCGUGGAGGUCUGGGACUGGGAUCGAACCACCAGGAAUGAUUUCAUGGGCUCACUCUCUUUUGGCGUGUCAGAGCUUAUGAAAAUGCCAGCCAGUGGAUGGUACAAGCUGCUGAAUCAAGAAGAGGGUGAAUACUACAAUGUUCCAAUUCCAGAUGCUGAUGAAGAUGGGAAUGCAGAGCUCCGACAGAAGUUUGAGGGUAAAAGAACUGGCCGAGAUAAGAAAGCCAAACUUGGGCCAGCUGGUAACAAAGUCAUUACUUCAACAGAAGACAAGAACUCAAGUGUGCCAUCCAACAAUCUGGACAGGGUGAAGCUGACAGAUUUCAACUUCCUCAUGGUUCUUGGAAAGGGGAGCUUUGGGAAGGUGAUGCUGGCAGACAGGAAGGGCACAGAGGAGCUCUAUGCAAUCAAAAUCCUGAAAAAAGACGUGGUGAUCCAGGAUGAUGAUGUGGAGUGCACCAUGGUUGAGAAACGAGUGCUGGCCCUGCAGGAUAAGCCCCCAUUCCUGACACAGCUGCACUCCUGUUUCCAGACAGUUGACCGGCUCUAUUUUGUGAUGGAGUAUGUCAAUGGUGGGGAUCUCAUGUAUCACAUCCAGCAAGUAGGAAAAUUUAAGGAGCCCCAAGCAGUGUUCUAUGCAGCUGAGAUCUCAAUUGGGUUAUUCUUUCUCCAUAACAGAGGGAUUAUUUAUAGAGAUCUGAAAUUAGAUAAUGUGAUGCUGGAUUCAGAAGGACACAUUAAAAUUGCUGACUUUGGAAUGUGCAAGGAGCACAUGUUAGAUGGAGUAACAACCAGGACCUUCUGUGGCACUCCAGACUACAUUGCACCAGAGAUUAUUGCUUACCAGCCCUAUGGGAAGUCUGUGGAUUGGUGGGCAUAUGGUGUGCUGCUCUAUGAGAUGUUGGCUGGCCAGCCUCCAUUUGAUGGGGAAGAUGAAGAUGAACUAUUCCAGUCCAUAAUGGAGCAUAAUGUUUCCUACCCAAAAUCACUGUCCAAAGAAGCAGUCUCCAUCUGCAAGGGGCUGAUGACAAAACAUCCUGCAAAACGCCUUGGCUGUGGCCUGGAAGGUGAAAGAGACAUCAGGGAACAUGCUUUCUUCAGGAGAAUUGACUGGGAAAAGUUGGAGAACAGAGAGAUUCAGCCACCCUUCAAACCCAAAGUGUGCGGCAAAGGGGCUGAAAACUUCGAUAAGUUCUUCACGCGAGGACAGCCGGUGUUGACGCCUCCAGAUCAGCUGGUCAUUGCCAACAUAGACCAAACAGAUUUUGAAGGGUUCUCCUAUGUCAACCCCCAGUUUGUGCACUCCCUUGUAGAAAAUGUAGCAUGAAACAGCAGAACAAACCCCGCCGUGGGGAGCAGCUGUAACCCUACAAUUUUUAGGCUUUCGCCUCGUUGAUUCCAUUUGGGCCUGGAAGUUGUAGGGUUAGAGGGUGGAAGAUGAAGGAAGGGCCACUUAGUCAGGAUUUGGGCUUUGCAGCAGCAAUGUUGUCUUAACAGGAGAUAAAUUAGUGUACGGUGCCCACUUUUUCUUCUAGAAGUCGCCACUGACUUGUGGAAACUUACCCACGCUUUGGUACGCUCGAUAUUUUGUAACUUCCCGCUGUCCUUUUGCUCCCUUUUCCACUGGGUUGUGUUGGAAAAACAUCUUGGAAAUCCAUCUGACUCGUGGUCUGAAUGAGGAGCCACCUGGAGUAUUUGCUCCUUGGAGGUGGGUGCCAGGAGGUGGGAGCUCCUCCCCAGAGACUGAGCGGGGUCAGCUCCAGGGGGGAGAGGCAUUGCAAAAACAGCUCUGAAAGUGUUUGCAGAAUAUGGCAGGGAAAAAAAAAUAAUUGGGAAUGGGUGGGAGGGGGGAUGAAAUCAAAUUAGACCCUGAAGUUUGGUGAACUGAUCCUGUAAAAUCCCAAAUAAAAGCACUGAGGUGGUGGCCACGUCUCUAGGAUUUGUACUAGGAGUAGCAUGUGAUAAACUCGAGGGUGAAAUUUUGUCUUUAAUAAUAAUGAUAAUAAUAAUGAUAAUAGUAAUAAUUUUAAUAAUACUUUUGUGAAUUUUUAAUCUCCAUGAGAUUAUUCUGUGAUCCAGGGUGCCAUUGUCUGUUCAGUUGGUUUCAUUUACACCACUCCUCAAGUUUACUGUUAACUGGUUCUAAUACCAAUAUUUUACUAUGAAAUUUAUUAACCUGGAAUGUAAAACAAAACUGUAAUUCCUUAUAUCUUAUUUACAUGUGUUUAUUUAUAGUCUGCAGUGUAGGACAGUAAAUUGAAGAAAGCAUUAUGUAUACUAAAUUAACAUAAAAUGCAGCCCCAACUGACUUCCUGAUUUCUCCAGAAUAACUCAUGAAAAUCAAGGGAGAUUUAGUCUUAAAUAAUCAGUUUUAAUUCAGAAAACGUUGGGCUGUAGAAUAAUCAAGCCUGAAAAAAAGCAGCACCUAAAACUCAUUUUCUUGAUAGAAUGGAAUUUAAUACGUUUUACAUAUGCUUCAUGCAAUGAAUUUUGCAUGUUUAGUAAUAACUCUUAAUAAUAAGGGUUAAUAAUAAGCAGAUCUGUAUUAUUGACAUAAUCGUAUCGAGCAUAAAGAGUAUUAUAAAAAUUUUAUAAAACAACUUGUGCUUUAUUUGUGAAAGUUCUUGUUCUGGAUGACACCAUUUAGGUUUAGCUAAAUGUUUUCUUGCUAUUGUUUUGAUUUUUACUUUAGGUUUUGAAUAUUGUUACUGGCUUAGGGUAUAAUCUCUUUUUUUUAAAGUAGAUAUACUUUUAAAGAAUAAUUGCUACCUGCAGGUUUUAUACGAGGUUCAAUUAGGCUUUCAUUUCACAUCUGCUUAUUACUUGCAGAGAAGGAAAUAGACUUUAUUUGCAAUGAUGAACACUGUAAUUAAUGCAAUCUUCUCCUCUCCUAUCACUUAGAUAAAAAAUUUUGAUAUUUCCUCUUACUACUUACCAGAAGAUAUUAACUCAAAUAUCAGUAAAUAAUGUUUUGUGCAUAUUUUGGGUUUGUUACAGCAUGUAAAAUACUAGUUGGUGCAUUUCCCUUUUUUUUCCUCUCCUGCCUUGAUCCCAUUAGCAGCCACAGGCACUUUUUGUCUGUCAGAUGUGCAUGAUGAUGCCAGAAGCAUGAUGUCUCUGUUGCUGCAUGCAGACUGAUAACAGUUUUUCCAGCAUGUAAACAUAUUCAAAAAGUAAGAUAUUUGCCAUAAAAUACUUCCAUUUAUACUAGAAGAUGUAAUGGGGUGGGGUGGGAGGGGAACCUGCUUUCUAAUCAUCUUUUAUGACAAUAAAACAUGGAACCUGUGCCAAAGAUUCUGUCAGAAAGAUCCAGUCCUGCCAGGUGGGAGCCACAGGGGUGGGUUGGACCUGGGGGUGCCCUGGGGGAGCUGGGCAGGUGUUGAGGGAGACGUGGUUGGAUGUGAAGGGUGACAGUGUCGAGCUUCUGCACCUGCAGGGCCCUUGGGAAAUGUGGCUUUGGGGCCAGGAUGUGCAAUUUCUGCACCCCAGAAUCCAACUGCUGCCCUGGCUCAGUCCUUUUGUACCCCAGCUCCCACCAGCAGCAUCUUGGAGUGAUCAACCCCUGACAUUCCCACUCACGAGGGGCAUUGGCCAACUGACAGGAGCUCUGAUCAUUGCCUAAACAAACAGGACUCCAAGCUUUUCAAACAUCUUAGGAGUAAAAUUUUUAAACUGUUCUGUGUCAAAUAUGUUCUCAUCCAAGACUGGGAGUUCAUUUUCUCCUUUGUGUGUUAUGUACUUCAAAAACAAUGGAAUUCACCAUAAAGCAUGUGGCCUAAUGCAGCACUCAUGACUUCUUUUCUUUUCUUUUCUUCUGAAUGUUAUUAGCCUGGCAAUGUUUAGUAAAAUGCUGUAGAAGACAAUAGGUUAAAUUAAGAUAACAGAUUACUGAGUCUCAGAUUUUAACAAAGAAGGGGCUCUCAACUAUGCCAGUCUGCCAAGAGGUGCCAUAGUGCUUGUUUUUAAAAUGUGAAGGGAAAAAGACACUUUUGAAAAAGGAAAAUACUGGGAGAAAUACCAGCAUGCAGGUUUGGAGAGUAAGCAAAGCAGAACAGGGGCAGAACUGAACCAAGCCAGAAUCCAGGCAGGAGCUCCCUUGGGUAGAUGUUGCCAAGUUCUGAUUUCCUGAUGAAAUCUGAAUUUUCCAAGGAGGUCCCAGUGCUGGCACAGUUGUGACAGUCAGUGCUGUUGACACCAGGACACAGGGCUGCUCUGACACUGGGACAGAGCUGCUCAUUUUCUGGCUACUUCUCAUUCCCAGUUUCUUCAGGCCUUGUGGUUGUCUCCCAGUUUUUCUGCUGUAGAAGCAGAAAUUCCUCUUUAGUGUCAUUACCUCAGGUCCUGUGACAGACGUGCUGUCUUCUGGAGGUUUCUGAAACACUCAGGAAAAGGUACUGGGAACUCCUGGAUCCUGCAGGAGCAAGGCAGGGUUGGAUAAAGCAGGGAUUAGUGUGUUACCCCUGACUGCUCCUCCUGAUGCCCUCACAUGCUCUGACCUUUCCUGAGAACUCCCGCUGCCUGCUCAGAAUCCAGAAACUUAUGGCAAGGAAAACCUGAAGAAUCCAACCAGAACUUUCAUGUCUUUUCAGAGACAGAUGUUAUUUAUAUAAUAUUUUUCACAAGAUUUGGGUUUCUGGAGAACAUGUAUCAACAGAAGGAGAGGCAUUAGAGCUGCUUCCCUUUCACUUGUGUUUGAUAGCAAGUGUAAUCCCAACACCCACGUUGCCACCAAGAUUACCCAAAAGGCAAAUUGAAAAUUGUGCUGCACUGAAGCUGGGGUGGAAGUUUUGGGAGCUGUGAUUGAAAAUUGUGCUGCACUGAAGCUGGGGUGGAAGUUUGGGAGCUGUGAUUGAAAAUUGUGCUGCACUGAAGCUGGGGUGGAAGUUUGGGAGCUGUGUUUCCAUCCCUGUGCUGGAGUCCCAGAUGGUUCCAGGGCAGCCCCAUUCCUGCUGGGAGGGGAACAGGUUUGCCAUGUAAAACUUCCAAGGGGUUUUCAGGGAUCCAGUGGGACUUAACUGGCUCCUAGGCAAUUUCUGUCAUCAUUCAGGCAUCUGGAUGCUUUUGUGCACCUUGGAGUGACCAGAGCAGGGUGGUGGGAUUCCAGGAGAACCAUUUCACCCACCAGCCAGGCUCAGUGCUCUCAGCAGCCUGGCACAUGUGUGAGAAGGAGAGAGCACACUCCUGUGAUAAAAUAGUCCUUAAUCCAGUUUGGAGGAGAAAUCCAGUUUGACUUUCUGAUUCUUCAUUCUUUCCAGAAAUACAAUUAAAUUUCCUUUUAUAAACUGAAGAAAGUUCUUCUGGAAAUCAGCUGUUAGUUUGAAAAAACCUCAUCACGUCUGAAUGCUGCUGGCAUUUGAAAUCCAUCCUGUCUUUUGGGGUGAAUCCAAUUCAGUAAUUCUGGGCUUCUAUAAAAUUAAUAAGGUCGAGCAAGAGAGGAACUUGUCUUCUAGCUGGAAAGAUGACACAUCCAAGGGUGGAGUGGUACCAGCUGAAAAGUGUUUUCUGUGCCUCUGGAUGCAAUCCCAGUUCCAUGCCAUAGCAGGGGGCAGAUCCUCCUUAUUGUGCAAAGCCUAGCAUUGGAUAUAAUUCAUAAUAAUAAUCCAAUAAUAAAGCUUUGAUUCAAGUAGAAAGCAUAUCUACAGUAUCUCGAGUUUACAGUAGGCUUUUGGACCUGCCAGGAAACUUCUGGAAAUAUUUACUGUGAUGUUCAGUUCUUUCAGUCAUUAGCAUAAGUUAUUGUACAUAGGGGUUUUGUCUCUUUGCAAACUUGAGUGUGGGCUGUGCUUGAUGUGUCCCCUCUGCAGGUGGGCACUGAGCUGCCAAGUAGUCAUAAAGCAGACAAGCUAAAAAGCACUUUUUUCCCUCAGCCCCUCACUCACAGACAGGAUCUGAAAUAGCUGAGUUGCAGAAAUCAGUAACAUUUGACUCCAUAAACAUGCAUGAUUCCCUCACUGUGCCAGGAACAACUGGGAAUGAAAUAAUUAAAUAGCCUUGUCAUCAAUAAUGACCAUGCACUACAGCCCUCCUGCUCCCAGGAAAGCCCUGAGAGGGAGAGGCCCCUUGUCAUCCUCUCUGCCUCACCUACCCCACCUGCAGAAUGGGGAGGUGAGACUGGCUGACCCCACAGGGAGGGGUGAGGACUUCUUAGGCAACGUUUCUAAUUCACUUUUAACCUGGAAAGAGUUGUGUAAGUAUUAUUAUCAUUUUUACUCUGAAAUCAGCUUCUUGGAUUCACAUGGUACUGCUGGCUAUACCAUGCUGUUUCUACUUUUUUAUAGAACUUUGGUAACUCUGCUGAAACCGUUUGAAGAGAAAUAAAAUCAGAUCUGACAGGUUUCUUACAGAAUCUGGAGUCCAGCUUUUGUACCUGGAGUCAGGGUGUGAUGGGGAGUGAUGGUUGCUGAUUGUGCACUUACCUCUUUUCCAGCUACUGAGAUUUUUAUGUGCAAUUUAAAAAUUCCAUGUGGAUGGAAGUCUUAGCAGAACUGAUAAUUGGAGGGAAAGGUUCCCUUUGGGUAAAUAAAGUCAGCCCAGCUGUUUUCUAGCACCGUUUUUACUGACUCCUGCUGAAGGAGGAGCUCUGUUCUUUGUGCAGCUGGUUUGUCCAUGACAGGCUGAUAUUUUCUGUUGAUAAUUUAAUGUAUUUCUGUGUUGUAAAUGCGUCUUUGUGCUUUUUUUUUCCUUGUCUGUGACACCGUAGUUCAAAUUUAAAAGGAAACUGCUCCAGAAGCUGUUUUUUUCUUCCACUGAUGUCAGUUGACCUAAAUAAAUAAAUUAAGUCUGUUAAUGAUUUGAAACAGUACAGGAUGAGUAGCAACAACAUUGACACAGCUGCCACUGAGGCUCAUUUCUCACUGCUUACAUUGGACACUCUGCAGCUGAUGUUUCAUUAGUUUAUAAUUAAUAAUGACAGGAACGUUUUAAUAGAAAGGAAAAUGAUGUUCAUGAUCUUUACAAACAUUUUCCUGAGAACUAUUUGAAUUUCUUUUCCUUCUCUCUGAACCCCUUGGGGUGACACUGCCAAGGGCUCUGUCCCUCCAGAACUUCACACACUCCUGGCUUAAAAAUCUUCAAAUUAACAAACCAAAGCCACUGCAAGGCACCCAGGGAACCACAGAGCUCCUGGGUGCUGAGUGCUUGGCCAAGAGCUCCAGAUCACUGAAAAUAUUAAUUAUAUUAUGUGUUGUACCCACUGUUGGCCUUGGACUGUAAAAACAAUGCUCUUGCAGGGGUAAUAAAAAGUUAAUCUAUGGCUCCUUCCCCAAACCUUUCGUUUGUUCUCUCCCAUGUUACCAAAAUGUAGGUAAGAAAAAAAAAAUUUCAAUAAAAUGAAACUCAUUGCCUCUUUCUAAAAUGUGCAUUUCUCAACACUCUGUGGUUUUGCACAACAAUACAGAGAACACCUGAAACUUCUCAAAUGACUGUAUGCUACUCAAAUUUUUUGAUCAUUAAGUAAUCCCACCUUGAACUCAUUAAUAUUUUUAACAUUAUUUUAAGACCCAAAUGUUGUAUUUAUAUAGAGGAGAACAUUAUUUAUUUUCAUAUCAUUUAUCUGCAAGAUGCUACUAGAAAAUUUGGAGAGGCCAUCCAUUUUCAAAAGAUUCUUAAAAAACCCAAGCAUUGGAAGUGUAGUGGGCAAGACUGAUGUACAAAUUACAGCAUCUUUUUUUUUGUUUGUUUCAUAACUCGCAGUAUCUUCAGUCUUUGUUUGCAUGAAAUGCUUUUGUUAAGUAUUAAUUGUAGUUUCAAAGCAAGUGUGUAUGAAUAAAAACACUGAUCAUUA